UUCAUUCAGGGUUUGGUUGUAGCCUUUAGUGAUCCGCCGGGUAUGUUUGAAUCGAAAAUGAAAAGAACGGACUUGUUCGUGUUCUGAUGACUUGAAUUGUUUCGCUCUGAGUUUAUAGUCAUUGAAACGCGUCUCCCUGGCGGCCACAGCUUAUGCAGAUUUGCAGGCGGUCAAUCAAAUAGUUAACGUUACAGCUUUAAACUUUGUGCCAGUUUUGAACUCUGUUUUAGCGUUGGAUUGCGUCUUUCAGACAUGGAUGUGUCGACGUAUUUAUGGUUUUUGUCUGUUUGCACGUGCCUGGUGCACGGGAAACCCACUCUUAGGAAAGAAAGAGUUCAUCACGAGCCUGAAUUGAGCAGACAGCCUCACGAAGAUAACCAGAGCUAUCAGUACGACCACGAGGCCUUUCUGGGCAAAGAAGAGGCCACCACAUUUGACCAGCUCACCCCAGAGGAAAGCAAAGCCAGAUUGGGGAAAAUAGUUGAUCGUAUUGACAGUGAUGUUGAUGGAUAUAUCAGCACUGAUGAACUCAAGGCCUGGAUCAAGAGAGUACAGAAGCGUUACGUAUAUGAGAACGUUGCAAAGGUCUGGACUGAUUAUGACCUGAACAAAGACAACAAGAUCUCAUGGGAUGAAUACAAGCAGGCAACUUACGGUUAUUAUCUUGCCAAUCCAGAGGAGUUUGAAGAUGCAACAGAUCAGUUCAGCUUUAAGAAAAUGCUUCCACGAGAUGAACGCAGGUUUAAGUCUGCAGAUCUCAAUGGCGAUUUAGCUGCAGAGCGUGAGGAGUUCACUGCUUUCCUCCACCCAGAAGAGUUUGAUCAUAUGCAGGAAAUUGUGGUUCUUGAAACUCUGGAGGACAUUGACAAAAAUGGAGAUGGACAUGUAGAUGAGGAUGAAUACAUUGCGGACAUGUUUGCUCAUGAAGAUGGCGGUCCUGAGCCAGACUGGGUGAGAACUGAGAGAGACCAGUUUUCAGAUUUCAGAGAUCUGAACAAAGACGGGAAGAUGGACCUAGAAGAGAUUCGUCACUGGAUCCUGCCGCAGGACUAUGACCAUGCGCAGGCAGAAGCCCGGCAUCUAGUAUACGAGUCGGACACUGAUAAGGACCAGAUGCUGACCAAAGAAGAGAUUCUUGAGAACUGGAACAUGUUUGUAGGCAGCCAAGCCACUAACUACGGCGAAGACCUUACCAGGAACCAUGAUGAGCUAUGAACCUGAAGAGUGUGUGGAACUCUACCUGAUAAACUCAAUUGCUUCCAUUCACUCAGAAGCCAUGCCACAGACUGAUCUAUUGCAGCUCUACCUCACAGAACACUGGACAAAGAGGAAUCACUGACUGAUGGCCAUAGUCCCUAAAGCAAACUUUGGAUUUCCUCCUUAACUGUAAUUUUUGUGGGUGGUUGAGGAGCUCUUCUGGUCCUGGUUGAAUGAGCUGCUGCAGAUUUUUUUCAGCUGAAGCUGAGCCUUUUAACCCAAAUUGUUUUUAAAGCCUGUACUUGUACAAGUUGUGGCUGUUUUUGUCUGGAGGAAGAUUCUAAUUAUUUAGAAUAUGAACUUCAUGCUUUGAUCGUAUAAUAUUUCUACUACAGAAAGCACUACAAGUCAGUGUUGAUAUAUAGUUUUAUAUUAUGCAUAGAUGUGUAAUUAUACUUUAGAUUAUCACAAGUUCCCCAUUGCUGGCCAAUAAUGAGUCUUAUUUGUUUUGAACCUGAGAAGCUUUGGCGUGAUGAUCUGAAGUAAUCUGCUGGUAAGACAGUGAUGUUUCAGGCCAACUUUUGAAGCUGCUUAGAUGAGGGUCAAGUUGUGUUCGAUAAUUUGAUAACCUAUUCCAGUCAGAGUUUUACCAGUCAUUCAACGAUAACUACAAAAUGAGUCCUAUAGAUCUCAAUCAGGGUAGUGCCUCAGUUAAUUUUUGACAUGAAUAAAAACAAGGCUGUGACUGAGGGAAUACCGUGUUCUGCAUUGUACUGUUAAACAACAUACCGAUUGCUUGCGUCUUUCCGAGAGAAAGAGUACAAACUGGAAUUGGUUGUGAAAAUUACACAAUAGAGUACCAGCGCUUGCCAUUGCAAAGACUGUAAGUCUCUCCCUCACAGGCUCGUUUUCAUCCACGUAAAGUUAAAAAUGCUGUCUUACCUAACUGAAGUCUGCAGUCUUCGUUUUAAUGCAGUAUAAUUAGUAGAUAAUUAUACUGCAUUAUUGGCCACAGAGGCGUGCAUGCAUAUGUGUAUCUUGUGAAAUGCUUUUAUUUUAUUUAAUUCACUAAAUUAAAUGGGACCAUGUUGUCCAUUGCACCAUUUCUUUAUUUGAGCCAAUAUUUUUUUUUCUUCUCAGUGAUAAAAAUCUUUCAUAAAACUUUAAAGUUGA